CUGCAUCGUUCUUUCUUUUCAUUGCUCGUCCGCAAGCCAGACCUCACCAACACAACAAGCAUAUUCAACGAGUACGCUGAGCUAUGCGUACCCACUGCUUGCGGCAGCUUCGAUGCGCAGCGGCCCCAAGACCUGCUAGAACCUUCAGCACCAGCGCAGGCCUACGUCGCGCUUUCAAGGACGGAGACGUCGUCCUCUUACGAGAGAAGAAAGACACAGUCGACGGCAGACUUGUAAAAUUGGAAGCGUCGAAGUCGACACAUACACACCGAGGAGUUCUUGAGCACGCCAAUAUCAUUGGCAAAGAACCUCGCCAGAUAGUGCGGUCAUCGAAGGGCUCCGAGUAUCGCGUCCAUGAACCUACUUUAGCAGAGUACGUUCGGCUCACCCCACGUCUCGUCACGCCUCUGUACCCUUCUGACACCAACCUGAUUGUCUCUCUUCUCGACAUCCAUGUCGAUACGCCCUCGGGCACUCCCACCGACGAGCCACCGUUUGAGAUUCUUGAAGCUGGUACAGGUCACGGUGCGCUUACAUUACAUCUUGCUCGAGCCAUCCAUGCUGGCAACCCGCCUCUAGCGAAGACGCCCGAUUACGCCAUAAGUGUAGAAGAACCAGAGGACGCCAUAUACCUGGGAGAGUCUAUAUCAGAUCUCCACGAGACAGCUAUAGAGUCGUGGAAACCUGGCAGACGUGCCAUUGUGCACACGCUCGACAUCUCUAGGAAGCACUCGAAGCACGCAAAGAAAAUAGUCCAAGGCUUUCGACACGGACUCUAUGCCGGCAACGUCGAGUUUCAUGUGGGAGAUGUGUCUGCAUGGCUUGCAUCACAGAGGGUGACAAGACAGACUGACGAGCCAUUCUUGAAUCACGUAUUUCUAGACUUGCCUAAUGCUGACACUCACCUGGCAAAUGUAGUACCAGCGCUGCGUGUGGACGGGCUGCUUGCUGUCUUCAACCCCAGUAUUACGCAAAUCGCGCAGUGCGUGGAGAAGAUCCGCGAAGAGAAGCUACCGUACCUGCUUGACCAAGUCGUUGAGCUUGGAGCAGGCAUGAUCCGUGAUUGGGAUGUCCGGGCAGUCAGACCAAGAUCAACACUAAAGAAGUCUGACGUCAAGGAGUCUCCAGAGCCUGGAGAUGCAGAGCCUAUCGAUCCAGUGAAGGGCCAAGAGGCAAGAGACGGUGAGUUGGCAGAGAUCCUAGCCAAGGAAGAGGAGAAAUGGGCCAUGGUCUGCCGCCCAAAGGCGGGCCAGAUGGUAGUCGGCGGUGGUUUCCUGGCUCUGUGGAGACGCAUGGAACGCGUCGAACGCCCAAAGAGCACGGAGCAGAGUGACAACGAGUCGACUUAGACCAAUGGAACCGUCGAUGUGACUAUCCAGCAGGUUCACCGACAUUUAAUACAAGUAGAUUUUCCAG